AUGGUUUCAAGAAAUUAUAGACCAAGUAUGGAAAAGUCUAGUAUUGAUUUGAAUCGUGAAACAUCAUCGACAUAUGUCUCUGAAACCCAACCUGAACAUAGUGUUGAAGGGUUGGAAAAUGAUGCCAUUGUGGGGAAUGACCAAACUUCUACACAUUUCUGGGCUCGGAUCGCAAAAUACUACAACACCAACCAAAAAGGCGAGCAAGCAAAAACUGGAAGGCAAUGCAAAGAUCAUUGGAACAAGAUGAAUCAAAAGGUGGCGCAUUUCAAUGAGUGUUAUAAACGAGUACAACAAGCACAUCACAGUGGUUGGUCUGAUGAGCAAAUACUUGAGAAUGCACAUCAAUUGUACAAAUCUGAAAAUAACAACUCAAAUUUUCUGCUUGUGGACUGUUGGAGAUUGCUAAAGGAUGAGCCAAAAUGGAAUACAAUGUACCAACCAAAAGGUGGUAAGAGAACAAAGGUGUCAGAUACAGGGGCAUUUACUUCUUCUUCCAAUGCAGACAUCAGUGAUGAUGAAGUAUGUGAAGUGCGCCCUAUUGGCCAAAAGGCAGCAAAGAGAAAAGGGAAGGAAAAAAAAGACACACAUGCUAGAUUUAUAGAGAUUAGUGAACGGAAAGCAUCUGCAUUGGAAAAAUUGGUGGCGAUAAAGGAGAAAGAGGCAGAAGAUAAUAGGAUGACAAAAUACAUGGACUAUCUCAUCAUGGACACGUCGCAUAUGACUCCUGAACAAAAGAAAGAUCAUGAAAACUUGUGUACUUAUAUUAAGAAUAAUAUCCUGAAGUUGUAA